AUGGUGGACCCGGUGCCUGAAGAGGAGAAGGAGGGAGCCGAGCCCGGAGGCUCGGAAGGGGACGGGGCCACUGCGUCUGUGCCCCCCGACGCCCAGGGCGCCCAGCAGCCCGCAGCCUCCUCUGCCUCGGCCUCCGCGGCGGUGCCGCACAAGGCAGAAGUCCCUGGCUCAGCAGAAGGAGGACGACGGGAGCAGUCCCCGAUGCUGCACCUCGACCUCUUCAACUUCGACUGUCCCGAGGCUGAGGGCAGCCGCUACGUGCUGACCAGCCCCCGCUCGCUAGAGGCCUGCGCCCGUUGUGCUGUCAAGCCCGUGGAGCUGCUGCCACGGGCCUUGGCUGACCUAGUGCGCGAGGCCCCUGGCCGCUCCAUGCGGGUGGCCACUGGCCUGUACGAGGCGUACGAGGCGGAGCGGCGCUCCAAAUUACAGCAGUGCCGGGCCGAGCGCGAGCGAAUCGUACGCGAAGAGAAGCGGCGCCUCUUCACGCCGUUGGGCCCCGCGGCUGCAGCCGCCGCCGCUGCGGCCUCAGCCUCAGCCCCAGCUCAGAGCGCGGGCAGCAGCAGCAGUUGCAGCAGCACCAGCCUCCCCGCGUCACCCGCACCGCGUGCCGCCCGCAAGACCUCUCCCAGUCCUUCCUCUGCUCGGAUCCAACCUCCUCCMGCAGGUUCUCGGACAGGAAGAAAGAGCCACUCGCUGGACUCGCUGUCCCGCCGGCGUGACGGUGCUCUCAGYUCCGAGUCCGGUGCAUCGUCGUCCUCCUACAGCGGGGAGAGCCUUCGAGAACUUCGCUGGCCGCCCCGGGCCUCAGCCAGGAACAGCUGCCCGGCAGGGUCAGCGUCCUCUGUCUCCAACCCUUUGGGCCGUCCUUCGGCGCUUACCCUGGUUCCACUUACAGGCCGAAGCUUCAGCCUUGGCGACCUGAGCCACUCUCCGCAGACUGCUCAGCACGUGGAGCGCAUCGUACGCCAAGUGCGCGCCGAGCGAGGCCUGCGCGGGGUGCCAGAGCGGGACCGGAAGAUCGCUGCUCUCAUGCUAGCGCGGCACCAAGAGGAGCGCCUGUUGCUGGAGCAGCGCGCCGCAGCCCACGGCCAGUGGGAGCAGCAGCGGGUGCGUGCCGAGCAGCGGCGGGAGCGGGAGGAGCGCGAGAAGCAGCGCGCCCUAGAGCAAGGCCGGCGGGCCUGGGCUGCGCAGGUGGAGGAGCGACGCGGCCGCCGGGGCCGCGAGGAGCGUGAGGCAGCGCGACGGCGACAGCAGCAGUGCGAACGCAGCGAGGAACGACGACGGGAGCUGGCCGAGCGCCAGGGCCUACUGCGGCGGGAGCGGGUGGAGCGCGCUGCUCGGGAGGACCGGCUGCGUAAACUGCAGCAGGAGCAGAACCUGAAGCAGCGGGAAGAGGGCCUGCAGGAAGGGCGCGAGCGGGCUGAACAGGUCCGCAGGGAGCGCGCCCAGCGAGCAGCCCGCGCCAAGCAGCGGCAGGAGGGCCAGCUGCAGCGCGAGAAGCGGGAGUUGAGUCGUGCAGAGCGAGCGCGACACGAGGCGUUGUUGCGGGGUCGAGCCCGGCAGCAGCAUGAGGAGAGAGAGGGCCUGCGGAGCUCCCUGGAGGCCAGCUUGGGCCGCGCGCAGGAAAACUAUGAGCAAUUGGUGGAACAGCGCACCCGGGAGCUGAGGGAGAGGGCCCGGAAGGAGGAGUUGCAAAGCCGGCGAGCCAAGGAGGCCGCGGAACGCAAAGAGCGGGAACAUCAGGCUCACCUGGAGGCCCUGGCUCGGGCCGGGGAACGACGGCUGCAGCACGCCGCGCAGGUGGCCGAAGAGGCAGUGCAGCAAAAGGCCCGGCGCGUGGGCCAGACCCGGUUGGAGAAAGAGCGGGCCCAGCGCGCUAACAAGGAGAAGGUGGAGAGAGACGAAGACUGCCGCCGGAGGGAACUGCUCCAAGCAAUAGGGCGGAAGCUGGAGCGCAGCGAGCAGCUGACGCGGGAACGACGCAGUGCGCUGGAAAGUGCUCGCUCCACAGCCCGCGCCUCCUUCCACGUGCGUGAGAAGGUGCGAGAGGAAACCAACACACGCUCCUUCGACCGAAUGGUGCGGGAGGCCCACCUACACGCCAGCCUCGACCGCAAAUGA